AGCGGGCUGGUCUUCUCGAUCAUUCGCCGCACGCCGCUGUACGGCAAAAUCAAGGCGAGCGCGUUCGCCAAGAUGCGCGUCUCGACCGAGUCGACCGGCGUGGACUGGGACGCGGAGGUGGCGGCGCUGCAGGAUGUGUGCGUGGACGCGAGCCUGGCGGCGGUGAAGCAGGAGGCGGGCGAGUCGUUCGUGACGCCCGCCUACUACCGCCGCGCCUUCCACGCGUACGACGACGGCAACCUCUGCUGGGAGCACGCGUGCCACCAGCCGCUCGUCUCGCGCGCGGUCGGCGCGCGCAACCUGCCGGGGCUGCCGGCCGAGGACGGCGACGCCAACUUCCGCGGCGCCUUCGAGCGCGAGCUGCUGGCGCUGCUGCCGGCAGACGCGCCCUGCCGCCAGCCCGGCGCCGCGAUCGUCGACCUGGGCUGCGGCACCGGCAUCUUGACGCGCCGGCUGCUCGACGCUUUUCCGGGCGCGGCCUCGUGCGUGGGCGUCGACCUGUCGCCGCACAUGGUCGCCGUCGGGAGGGCGCUGCUGGACCGCGAGGAGGGUGCGAGCGACCCGCGGCUCAAGCUGGCUCUGGGCGACGCCGCGCGGCUCGGCGACGUGCCCGACGGCUCGGUCGAUUUGGUGUCGCUCUGCUUGGUCUUGCACGAGCUUCCGGGCAGCGCGACCGACGACAUCCUCAGCGAGGCCGCGAGGGCGCUCAAGCCGGGCGGCCACCUCGCGAUCUUCGAGAUGGACCCCGCGUCGCCCGGCUUCUUGCGCGCGCGCUCCAACCCGUGGGUCUUCGCCGCGCUGCGCUCCACCGAGCCCUACCUCGACGACUACUUU